UAUGUAACGAGUGUCUCUACGAGAAAGUCGUUUUCUCUCCGCUGUCCGGGACCGCGGCAGCUGUAGACAUGAAUACACACGUUAACACAAGAAAAUCUAAAGCCACAUAACAUUUAAACGCUACAAUGUCGCUCCAACAGCAAGUGGAGGACGCCACGGAGGAGAGAAGCGCCUUCUUCAUCGGCGCUGACUCGGACAACGUCUCGGAGGAAGAGGAGGACCACCAUCAACUUAUACUACAGAAAGCUAACGCUCUAGCAUCGGAAAACUGCCUCAAAGAAGCCAUUGACUGGUUCUCAGUGGCUAUGCGGUAUGGACCUGUGCGCCCUGAACAAUUAAGCACUUUCGUGGACUGUGUCCUCCGCAACUUUAAGAGAAAAGCGGCAGGGCCAGAAGCACUUUCGGGCCAGAGUCUGGAUGCAGGGGACAGCGGCUCUGCGGACGAUGUGUUUGAUUGUCCCAGCUGCCACAGCUUUCUGGGUGAACCUGUGACCAUAGCCUGUGGACAUUCGUAUUGUAAAAGGUGUUUACAACGACGGCUGCUCUCCAAAUGCAAGCUGUGCCGUGAGACUGUAACGGGAGAGGAGAAAGUUAAUGUUAUUCUGUGCGGACUUUUAGAGAAAUGGUUCCCCGACGAGCUGAAAAAGUCGAAAACGCUGUGUCAAGUGGACGAGCUGUGUCGACGGAAACGCUACGAAGAGGCCGUGUCGCUAGCCACCGAUGUUAUUCAGCGUGAUCCAGAGACGACAGCGGUAGUGCGACUGUCCCGAGCGGAGGCGUACAUGGCUCUCAAACAGUACCGUCUGGCUUUGGAGGACACAGAAGUUUGUCCCGGAUCCAGUUGUUCUGCCGAAGCUGUGUUUAGGAAAGCUAUGGUGCUGCAUGAGAUGGGUCAAGUGGACGAGUCUCUCCAAGUCUUCCUCCAGUGCCUGGCUUUGGACGAAGACUUCCCCUGUGCUAAAAGACAAGUGGAAAAGAUUCUGUGUGACCUGCUGUCACCAGCUGAUGAGAACGUCAAGGUCGGCCUGAGGGAAACCACACAAAACACGUCACCUCACUUGCGCAGUAAAACCCUCGUGGCUGAUGCCCAGGCUCAACCACAGAGCCCAGUCCAAAGACAACACCAGGUCCGGGCCGCUUCAGCACACCACCAUCUGCACAACCAGGAGAAACGCUGGGAAAGCCUGGAGCGUCCUGGUUUGAGCCGAGCUCAUUCGCUACGGAUGCACGGCUCUAGUUGUGGUGAGGAAGGGCUGAAGAGAGUUUGCUCUGCUCCUCAGCUGGGGGACCAGGACAAGGGGAGCCUUCUGAAGAGGAAGUUGUCAGUGUCAGACACAGAAGCUUGUGUUGUGGACAGUGGAACUAGCAAGCAUAAAAAACAAGGUAUGGCGAAAGGCUCCAAACAACACGCUGCCAAAGCUAAAACUUGCAGAAGUGUUCCCAAGGACCUGCUGGACCCCUUUGACUUGGAGUGCUCUCUCUGCAUGAGGUUGUUCUAUGAGCCUGUGACUACACAAUGUGGCCACACCUUCUGUAAAAACUGUCUGGAACGCUGCUUGGACCAUACACCCCAGUGUCCCCUUUGUAAAGAGAGCCUGAAAGAGUAUCUAGCAUGUAGGAAGUACAUGGUGACGACUGUCUUGGAUACACUGAUCAAACAGUAUUUGAGUCAGGAUUUCGCAGAGAGGACUAAAACUCACGUGGAGGAGACCAGAGAACUUUCUGACCUGACGAAGAAUGUGCCUAUCUUUGUGUGUACCAUGGCUUACCCCACCGUGCCUUGCCCCCUGCAUGUCUUCGAGCCACGUUACCGCCUCAUGAUUCGCCGCUGCAUGGAAACAGGCACGCGGCAGUUUGGGAUGUGCAUUAAUGAUCCUCAGAAAGGGUUUGUAGAUUAUGGCUGCAUGCUGACCAUCAGGAGUGUCCAUUUUCUCCCCGACGGACGAUCAGUAGCGGACACCAUUGGAGGAAAACGCUUCCGGGUACUGUCCCGAGGAAUGAAGGAUGGAUAUAGUACUGCUGACAUUGAGCACUUGGAGGAUACCAGGGUGGAGGACAGAGAAGAGCUAGAGAGACUACAAGAGCUGCAUGAUGCCGUUUAUGAGCAGGCCCGCGACUGGUUCCAGAACCUCAAGAUCCGCUUCCACAACCAGAUCCUGCAGCACUUUGGACCAAUGCCAGAACGAGAAGCUGACAUCCAGGCAACUCCUAAUGGUCCAGCUUGCUGCUGGUGGCUGCUUGCUGUUCUGCCUAUCGACCCACGCUACCAGCUCUCUGUCCUCUCUAUGACCAGCCUCAAAGAACGCCUGGUGAAGAUCCAGCAAAUCCUCACAUAUCUACAGAGCAUCCCCAACAACUAGAGCUUCCUCAUCUCUUCACCACAAACAUCCUUUGGACUUAAAAAUAAAAUUCAAGCAACCUUGAAUCAACAACUUGCCAACUCUUGUUUCUAUUGCCAUCCGGUUCCUUCAACAAGACCCCUUUGUACUAAGCCUACACAAGAUCCGAGCAAAGCUGAAACAUCCUUGAACUGUGGCUCACUGAAACCAGAGAUGUGAGCAAACCACCUCAGGGAUACUUCCAAUGACACACAUGAUCUGUUUGUGAAUGUUAAAAUUAUUUUAAAAAAUAAGACAAAUGUAACAGGAACUAUUCUUAUCUGCUCUCAUUGUUAACGCAAUUCAUUUUCAUAAGAGACCUUCCUCAAAUGAUCUUUUUGAAAUGAGAAGAGCAGUUCCAGUCCCACCCUUGAGGCUACCUUCUUUAAGGACAGUGCUUAUGGAGCUGAGGAGAAGAAGGCAUCAUCAUUGUGUUGCAUCGUCUGGCGAAACCACUGAAAAGGAGUGGUUUGCCUCCUGGCUGGAAGAUGUGUGUUAUUGUAGAGGAGGGUUCAUGUGAGUCUGUGGAACAAAAUCCUAAAUGCUGAAAGUCCAAAAAGUGAUGGCAAGAUGUGGUUUGGAGGAACCACCGAGAGAGAGAUUUGUGCAAAAACCAAGUGCAACUUAAGGCUGGUGUAUGUGCGUAUGUGUACCAAAAACUGAUGAAAGUAUUAAUAGAUCUCUUCUAAGCAUCAAGUUUCUUUCUUACCACUUCCAUCGCUGCCUCUAAGUAGUGGCAAAACACCUUCCUGUUGUCCUUCCCAGCAUUUUUCACUGUACGUUUCUUCCAAGUUGCACAGAGAUCGUUCAUUUCAUCCCUUUGAACACUGGGUCCGAUCAUUAGUGGCCCUGAAAUCUCAUCUUAUUUCUAUGCUUUUUAAACACUUUUCGAACACUUUUCUUCCUCUCACAGUUAACCUUAAGCUGUAUGGACUAUCUUCCGAAAAGAAGUGUUUCUUGUAUUACUUGUCUCUCCUCUAAACCAAAAGAUCCAGCUACCCAUUGAAUUAACUUAAAACUGAAUUAAUUUAUAAGUAAAAAAUAUAUUUGUACAUUCUGACGUGUUUGUAUGAGAAAUUCUAAGGGGGUCUUGCAAUAUUAUGACAGAUCAAAACAAUACAAUAACAGCAUGUAUACAGCCAGUGGGUUAGCAUUAUUCUUCAUUCUAAGCUGCUCUUGGUCUUCUUGGAGGAGAGAGGACGGUACCAGCAGUGCUUCAGUAGGGACUGCAUUUGCCUUACACCAUUUUGCAUUGUGAAUAACACGAUGCAUUGGCUUGGUUACCAUUCCUUUUUGCCAUUGUAUGAAGUAAGUUUUAAUUAUGUUGUUUUCCCUCUCGGUUAGUGCGAGGCAUCAUUUGUUCACAGUGUAUAAAAAAAAUCUGAAAGAAAGUUCAAGUCAAGGUUGUUGUAUGUAAAUCAUCUGUAAAAAGGCUUUUUGGAAAGAUCUUGCUUUUUGCUGAGAUGUUUUAAUUUAUCAAUUUGAAUAAUAAAUGCAUUUCUUUUUUCAA